AUGCCGGUGAAGACUUCUACUUCCCAAAAAACUUCGAAGUCUUCUUCCCCAUCUUCUUCACCUUUUGUCAACUCUGUGUCUAAUGUGUGUUGUGUGAUAUCUUUUGUGUUCUCCGCUUAGGCCGGUGGUAAAGCUGGUAAGGACUCUGGAAAGGCAAAGGCCAAGGCCGUCUCGCGAUCAGCCCGUGCUGGUCUGCAGUUUCCCGUCGGACGUAUCCAUCGUCAUCUGAAGAACCGAACUACCUCGCACGGUCGUGUCGGUGCCACCGCUGCCGUCUACAGCGCUGCCAUUCUCGAGUACCUCACCGCCGAAGUUUUGGAGUUGGCCGGUAACGCCAGUAAGGAUCUCAAGGUGAAGCGUAUCACUCCUCGCCACCUGCAGCUGGCCAUUCGCGGCGAUGAAGAGUUGGACUCGCUGAUCAAGGCAACCAUUGCCGGUGGUGGUGUCAUUCCUCACAUCCACAAGUAUCUGAUUGGAAAGAAGGGCAACGCUGCCGCGCCGACUGGCAAGCCUGGCGCAUAA